UAGCACCUGUAAGGCCUUAUAGUGCCGCUGUUCUUGAUUUGUAGGUCACGUUACUUCGUGAAGAUGAAUGUUAGGAAUGCUAGACCAACCGACUUGCUAAACAUGAGAGAUUGCAAUCUAGAUUGCUUGCCGGAAAACUAUCAAAUGAAGUACUAUUUUUAUCAUGGUUUAUCUUGGCCACAAUUAUCAUAUGUAGCAGAAACAGAUAGUGGGGAGAUUGUGGGCUAUGUCUUGGCAAAAAUGGAAGAAGAUCCAGAAGACGUCCCUUAUGGACAUAUUACUUCUUUGGCAGUCAAACGGCCAUAUCGGCGAUUAGGGAUUGCUCAAACGCUGAUGAAUCUGGCAUCAAGAGCUAUGGUAGAAAAUUUUCACGCUAGAUAUGUCUCUCUUCACGUUCGGAAGAGUAAUAGGGCUGCACUUACUCUCUACAAAAAAACUCUACACUUUGUAGUAUCAGAUAUAGAACCUAAAUAUUACGCCGAUGGUGAGGAUGCCUACGCUAUGAAAAGGGAUCUUAAGACAUUAUGGGACAAGUAUGGGCCUUCAGAUGUUCCUUUCAAAGAAUCGAAAAGCAAAAAUACUCAAUAAAUAUAUCACAAUACUUUCUUCUAAUUGCUAGUUCUUAUCAUCUUCUGGCUUAUGCGGUUUCAUUCAAGCGAUUGGUCACUGGUCGACAAAACUGCUGUUCAUAAAAAUAUAUAAGAAUAUAUGGUUUUUUCAAAAACCUCAAACAUGGAAAUUUGAUGACAUUGUUUAGUUAUAGAUUAUUGUAGUUGUAAGGCCAUAAAUGUAUUGCAUGGCUUUAAUAGUUUGAGUUUAUGUAGUAUAUCGCCAACUUGGAUAACUUUACUUGUCCGAGCUAUCUUAAAUUUUUCCCAGCAUAAUAAACUAACUCAGUAUCUAUAACGGCGAGACUAUAAUUUAUGGACAAACC